GGUGGAAAUUGGACGCGCCCAAAAUUCACAUGCACUGAUCAAGAUCCAACAUGAGUCCGUUCACAAAUCGGCCAGAGAUGCAAGAUCCGGCAGGGUCGCGGUGUCCGCGGAGUGGGUAGGGCGGGCACGUGCACGGCGAUCAGCGGUCAACGAGUGUCCAGAUCUCGAAUUCCCCUCGACUCCCCUCUCCCUCGAGCUUUCUGUUUCACAACCCAAUUGCACCCCGUAAAGGCAUCAAUUGACAAUGGGCUCCGAUUCUAAGGGUGCCGAGCUUGCGGGCGACAUCAGCUUCAUCGAGACUCCGCCUGCUAAGCCCUCUCAAUUCGAGACUGGCGAGGACUGCGGAAUCUCCUUGACCAAGGCUGCAGCUAUCAACAACCCCCCCUUGGCGGCUGAUGGCCCUGGAAAUGAGAGCUUCUCCAACCUCAUCCUAGGUGCUGUCCUCACCGGUGUCCCUGCCUUGCUCACCUUCUUCUUCGGCGGUGGAUUUAAGACCUUUGUGUUUUUCGCCCUCCUCUCUGUCCUUCCGCUGCUAGUCGCCUUUUGGACCUACGUUUCCACCUACAGCCCCCGUACCAACGAGAAGGUCAAGCUCCCUGGCCGACCUGUUGAACACUACAUCACCUUCAAGCGUGAAGAGGACAAGGCGAAAUGGCACGGACGGAACAAGGUCCCCCUUCAGACCUUCGCUGAGAUGUACCUCGACGGAUUGGUUGACUUCAAGGGCGAUGUCCUCGAUGUUCUUGAGUACCGCCACGACUGGGCAAGCUUCGCUUUCACCUGGCAGCUAUUCAAGUUCAUUGUCGGCACCUUCUUUGUCGAUGUGUUGUUCCACACCAAGGCUCAGGAUGAGGAGCAGAUCCGCCCCAACUACGACAGCGGCAACGACCACUAUGCCUGGUUCCUCGGCCCUCGCAUGAUCUACACCUCUGGUAUCAUCUCGGACGUCGAGAAGGAGGAAACUCUCGAGGAGAUGCAGGAUAACAAGAUGGCAGUUGUUUGUGAGAAGAUCGGACUCAAGGAAGGCGAGACCAUGCUUGACAUUGGCUGCGGCUGGGGUACUCUCGCCAAGUUUGCCAGUGUCAACUACGGCGCCAAGGUUACCGGAGUUACUAUCGCCGAGAACCAGACCGCAUGGGCUCGCGACGGCCUCCUGAAGGCUGGCAUUUCUGAAGAGCAGAGCCGCAUUCUCUGCAUGGACUACCGUGAUAUCCCCAACACCAAGUUCGACAAGAUCACUCAGCUCGAGAUGGGUGAGCACGUUGGUAUUCGCAAGCUUACUGGAUUCUUCCGUCAGUGUUACGACAUGCUUAACGACGAUGGAGCCAUGUACGUUCAGCUCUCUGGUCUGCGACAGGCCUGGCAAUACGAGGAUUUCAUCUGGGGUCUGUACUUGAACAAGUACAUUUUCCGUGGUGCCGAUGCUUCUACUCCUCUCUGGUAUUACGUCAAGUGCUUGGAAGGAGCCGGAUUUGAAGUCAAGGGUAUUGAUACCGUCGGUGUCCACUACUCCGGAACUCUAUGGAGAUGGUACCGCAACUGGGUUGGCAACGUCGAAGCCAUCAAGGCCAAGUACGGCCCUAGAUGGUACAGGAUCUGGGAACUCUUCCUCGCCUGGUCCGUCAUCGCCUCCCGCCAGGGCUCCGCCACCUGCUACCAGAUGGUCGUCGUCAAGAACCUGAACUCAACGCACCGCAUCACCGGCGUUCCCUCUCAGUACGGCCUCACCGGUGCCCUCGAGGCCAGCAGGAAGGCCGGCAAGUCUCGUCUGCCUUAGAUGGUUAUUAAUGCUACGAAUCGCCUGUCACGCCACUUGGUGUUGAACCAGGCUGCACGAAGCAUGAGUGGAUGAUUUAUUGUAACAUACAGUAAACGAUACGACACGAACACGGAUUAGAACGAGAGAUGAUUUAUUCUCAGUAUGAUGAGAGUGGAAGAUGGGGAGGCAGAGGUGGCUGUUAGGGG